UCACGGUGAUGGAGCAGUGUGGUGUGAUCGUCGGCGAAUUUUUUCUUGUGGGGAUCCAGUGAAAGAGCAGUACGGUGAUUCAAUCCCGUGCAUAGUGGCUGUUCCAGAGGGACGGGCGUUGAGAAUCGGGUGAGCGCGGCCCUGACGUAGCCUGAAGCGGAACACAAGACUUUUAACCGUGGGCUCCCCUGCAUCGCCGGCCUUCGCAGAGGGAUUAUCUAGACUCCCAGAGGGUGCUCUUACGUUCUUUCCCACUCGACCACGAUCUCGCAGAGAGACGACAAAGCCAGCAACAUGUCUGACACCGAGACGGCCACUCACGCCGGCAGUCCGAGCAGCCCGCCGAAGGAUAUCGAAAAGCCCCCCCAGUACGGCGAAGCCACGAAGGAGACGGAGCCGACUCGACCGGCGGCCCCGGAGCGUGCAAAGACGGGGGAGUCUCGUCUGUCAAGGGCUUGGACGAAGAGGAACUUGCCUAGGACCGACGGCAAAGUAGAGCUCAAGGAGAAAGAAGCAUGGGACAAACUCGGUUAUUCGUUCCCGACAUGGAAGAAAUGGCUCAUCCUGACGGUUAUCUUCACCGUUCAGAUGAGCAUGAAUCUGAACACCUCGAUCUACCCAAAUGUAGUGAUGGAGAUACCCAAGGAUGAUCGGUAUCGUGGUGUCAGCGAGCAGGGUGCCCGUGUCGGUCAGAUGAUUUUCCUUGUGGCUUACGCUUUUGGCUCAGAGCUCUGGGCACCGUGGAGCGAAGAGCUUGGACGAUGGCCCAUCCUCCAGUUGUCGCUUCUCCUAGUCAACUUGACCCAAGUCUGGGCCGCCCUGGCGCCCAACUACAACAAUCUCAUCGUCGCCCGGUUCUUUGGUGGUCUCUUCACGGCCGGCGGUAGCGUCACGCUCGGCAUGGUCGCAGACAUGUGGGAGGCUGACGAGCAGCAAUUUGCGGUUGCGUUUGUCGUUCUUUCGUCGGUGGGCGGAACGUCGAUUGGGCCUUUCAUCGGAGGCUUUGUCGAAGCGUACACCAUCCCGAAGGUUACCUACUGGAUCUUCUGGGUCCAGCUCAUCUUUGGCGGCGUGACUCAGAUCAUGCAUUUCUUCAUCGUGCCUGAAACUCGCGCCACGGUUCUUCUCGAUCGAGAGGCCAAGCGCAGGAGAAAGGCCGGCGAGACCAACAUUUACGGCCCUAGUGAGCUGCGGGAGGACCGGUUCAGCUUCAAGGAAAUCGUCGAGACAUGGCUGCGUCCAUUCGAGAUGUUCCUCCGUGAGCCUAUCGUCUUGUCGCUCUCGCUGCUCAGUGGUUUCAGCGAUGCCCUCAUCUUCACCUUCCUCGAGAGCUUUAACUUCGUCUACAAGCAGUGGGGCUUCGGCACCGUGGCCAUUGGAUUGGCCUUCCUCCCCAUCAACAUCGGCUACAUCAUCUCCUACUUCUCCUUCUUCCCCUCGAUCAUCAGCCAGAACAGGAUCCGCAGGAAGGACCCCGACGCACUGCUGCCGGAAGCCCGUCUUUGGUGGCUGCUCUGGGUCGCGCCCCUCGAAGCAAUCGGCUUGUUUGGCUUCGCAUGGACUUCUCUUGGCCCACCACACGUUCACUGGAUCGCGCCCAUGAUCUUUUCUUGCAUGAUUGCCAUUGCCAACUACGCUAUUUACAUGGCCACGAUUGAUUACAUGGUGGCAGCUUACGGCCCCUAUUCGGCUUCUGCCACUGGAGGAAACGCACUCGCACGAGACUUCCUCGCCGGUAUCGCUGCCUUGUAUGCCACCCCGCUCUACCAGAACCUGGGGCCCAUGAGCCUCGAGUGGGCAUCGACGCUGCUCGGCUUCCUCGCCAUCCUCGUCACGAUUCCCAUCUACAUUUUCUACUACAAGGGCCCCGCCAUUCGGGCGCGCAGCAAGUUCGCCCAGACGCUCGCCUCGGACCGCAAGGCCAAUGGAGGCCACCGGGUCGUUGGCGAAGGCGAAAAGGCCGACGCCAACCGCAUGGAGGCGCAAAAUUAGAAAAAGAAAGCACCGACAAACGACCGUUCCAUUCCCGUCCAUCAGCAUCUUCUCGGCUCUCUUCUUCUGAAACCCGUUUCUGUAUUCUGUAACUUUUCAUUCCUCAUUGCAACGUUUCUCGCCUGGUGAUGUGGCACCAAACCCGCUU